UCUAUUAAUAGAUUUUUUUAAAUUUUUUUAACUCAUGCACCAUGUACUCAUGCAAGCAACCAAACAACAUCUCUUGUGAACCAGACUGGCCACAUACACACAACCAAACACGCUAUACUGCAUGCACUCAGCCAGUCCAGUCUGAGCCAGGCUCACUAGAUACGAGCCAGGCUCACCCAUACAAGUAACCGAACGCCCCCUAAAGUUCGGUCGCAACGCGGCCGACGCCGCCACAAGCGCAUGGCGGCGUAGACCCAAAAACAACUGUCCCCUUCCGAGGUCCACCUGUCUGUCACGGCCUCUCACGGAGGCCGUCUGCUCUCUCGCCUCUCGGCGAGUCUUAUCAUCCCCUGGCCUCGUUCUAAUCCACCCGAGAGACGAGGUCGAGCACGACUCCAGCCGCAACGCGCGAGCGGCGAGCCUCAUCAAUCAAACACACGCCACACGCGACAAGAGUACGAGUACCUAACAUACGAAUACGAGUAUACGACCACGAGUCCACGAGCAGACGAGCUCCUCCGCCACCAGUGUCAUCGCGUCGCCGUCGCGUCCGCCUCGCCCUCGUCCAUGGCGUCCGUGUCCACGGCGCCGCGCGCUCCACUCCCGGCGGCAGCGUCGUCCUCGUUAUCCGCGCGGCAGGUGGAUCCGAACCCUAGCGGCAGCCACUUCCUCGACGGGCGGCGCCUCCGCGUCGUCCGCCGCCUCGCCGGCGCGGCCCCGUCGCGGCGCGCUCCGUUGGUCUGCUGCUCCGCGCGUAGUCCGGACGCGGACGCCGGCGACGAGCGACGCCGGCGGGGUUGGGACGCGAUGCUUCACGACGCCUUCAAGGGUGCCGUGCGACGGUGGAGCGAGUACGUCAGCAAUUACUGGCCCCCACCGACCUCUGUUAAGGAGGCGGGUACGGGGAAGAGGGUUGGGAGGUCUCACGAGGAAGAGGUGAUGAAUGGGGAUGAAGAGGAGAGGAAGGUUGGGGAGGAAGAGGGAAAGUGGAGCUGGGCGAGGUGGAAGCGGCACUUUGCUCUCAUUGAGGAGAGCGGGCGUCUCGUUGAUGAGCUCCAGUUGCAACUCCAGGCUGCUGUUUAUAGAGAAGACUACAGGACUGCUCAUAAACUGAGGCUGGCUAUUGCUGCUACAUCAAAAAAUGACGCUGUGGGCAGAGCUAUCUCGGACUUAAAUAUGGCCAUAGAUGAGGAGCGCUACAAGGAUGCAGCAUAUAUCAGAGAUCAUGCUGGCGCAGGACUGCUGGGGUGGUGGUCUGGAAUUUCUGGAAAUUUGUCUGAUCCAUAUGGUCUUAUUAUUCGUAUAAGUGCUGAACAUGGUCGAUAUGUGGCAAGAAGUUAUGAUACAAGACAGCUGGCUUCUGACAGCCCUGGUCUCCCUAUAUUUGAAAUAUACUUUGCAGAGGCAAAUGGUGGAUAUAACCUACAGGCAGUGCAUCUGAAACCAGAUGGUAGCGAUUCUGACCAAGUGCCAAACAUGUUAAGGGAGAAACUUGGCAUUGACAGUAUAAACAUAUCUAGCAGUCCAUUAGGGUCUAAGCAUGAAGAAUUUGAUGGAAGUGUAAACAUGGAUGAUAAAGAUAGUGAUGAUAGCAACAUCGCUGCUGGCCCUGGUUCGAAAAACUUGUCAAGCGAUCUAACUGCAGUUCCCAGGAUUAAAAUCUUGAAAGUGGUACCCAUGCAGAAUGUUGAUCAUGACUACAUAAUCAAUAUCUUUGAUCAGAUUUCAGAGGAAGAUGAUGACAAUGAUGAUCAUGAAGUUGAAAAUGAAUCUUCAGAAGAUGUUGAUAAUGAUGAUAACAGUGGAGUAGCAGAAACAGUUUCUGCAGAAGAGAAUGGUGAUGAAUCUGGUGACGAAAGUGAUAUUGAAACCUUGGUUUCAUUUGAUUUUGUCAGUGAGAAUAACGUCUAUGCUUCUCGUCCAUCUGCUGAAGCUUUUGAACGAAUGCCGGCUAGAUUAGAAAAAAGAGAUCGCUUCUCAUUUUCCUUCUAUACUGAAGAAUACAGUAAAAAGCUAGAUGCUGGAAAGGCCCGGCAGACUUCAAAGGAAACAGUUGGUUUGCAUGCCGAUCAGCAGGAUUAUGAUGGUUUUGUCCAGCUUGAUCGUGUAAAGUUGAGUGGCAGCAACAAAAAACUAUCGAUACUACAACUUGGCAUCAAGCAAAAUAACAAGGUUCAGCAAAAACUGCAUGGAGUUACCCACUUUAGUCGUAUUCAGAUGCCUAUAUUUUCAGAUCCUCUUACCGGUUUAUAUGUGACCACAUCAGGAUUUGACUCAGAAAUUCUUAGUUUGCAACGAAAAUUUGGUCAAUGGCGGGAUGAUGGUUCAUCUGAGGAGCAUAGUGACCUAUUGUUCUAUGAGCAUGUUGAAGCUGUAAAAUUAACAGGGGACAAUCUCAUGCCAGCUGGUCAGGUUGUCUUCCGUGCAAAAGUUGGUGAACGCUAUCAGCUCCCUCAUAAGGGAAUUAUCCCUAGAGAACUUGGAGUGAUUGCUAGGUACAAGGGGCAAAGGAAAAUUGCAGAUCCUGGUUUCCAAAACCCUCGAUGGGUUGAUGGAGAGCUUUUGAUAAUAGAUGGAAAGUUCAUCAGAGAUGGUCCUGUGAUAGCUUUCUUUUACUGGACAUCUAAUUUUCAUCGUUUCGAAUUCUUUAGACGGUUGAGGCUUCCUGAAUAGUUCCCAUCUAAAAGUAGUUAAAGGCCAUUCUGAUUUUUGCAUAGUUGCAUUUGGAGCCAACAGGAGUUGCCUGGCAUUACAUUUUCCGAGGACAGAUUCUGAUGUGAAGAGGGCGCCUGGCAUGAAUCAAGGGGCAUCUCCACCCACUCUGAAAGGCUGCCAUGAGGGUGGAAAAUAGCUCACAGUCGCAGGAAGAGGAAUAGCAUCCUGCCAACAUGGGUGAGCUGCGGGCGCAUCAUACCAAUUCCGCUUCUGCUAUGCUCCGUCCACCAGGUCACCAGCUUGUGACCGAGGCAUCAAACCGCCAGAUUUUGUGUUUCUCAGAGCAAGUAGAACUAAAGCACCUCAAAGAUGUAAAUUUAUGCACUCCCAAAUUUAGGAUUUUGAGCGCAAUCUUGGCAGUUUUCAUACAUGCGAAGUGAACUAGUACGAGCAAUAGUUUUGUAUAGCGUGAUCAAACAGUGGCAGCAAUCAGUAGCAGAGGCAUACAGACCAACACGGCCACACAGAUUUGUUAAUAUAUCUAAGUUUGUUUAACCUUGCCCAUUUCUUAAGCAAGAACUCUAUUUUUAA